CACACAGUAAACUGCUCGAAUCAGUAACACACGUGCAGCAUAAUAUUCGAGAGUGUAUUCAGAUGGAAAAGGAUACCAGAGAAAAGACUUCUCACUUGCAACAAGGUGCAUUGAAAUCUAUUAUGUUACAAGAAACUGGAAUCGUGGUUGAGGGAGAAUCGAAAAAGCUAUCUGAAGAAGUUGCAAAGGAACACAUGGACGAAGUAACAAACCAUAAGCAGAAGGCUAGAGAUAUAGCCUAUUCAAAGACAGACGAAAAAGAUACUAAAAACAAAAUUUCAGAAGCUAACAAGAAGGUUGAAGAAGAUGUCAAGAAACAGGCUGAUGAGGAAGCUAAAAAUGAAAAGGAGCAAGAAGCUAAGCAGAAGGCUGAAGAAGAAUCCAAAAAGAAAGCUGAAGAAGAAGCUAAGCAAAAGGCUGAACAGGAAAUUAAGAAGCAGGCUGAAGAAGAAGAAGCUAAAAGGAAAAAAGAGCAAGAUGCUAAGCAGAAGGUUGAAGAAGAAAUUAAGAAGGCUGAAGCAGCAAAGAAAAAGACAGAGCAGGAAGCAAAGAAGAGGGCUGAAGAAGAAGAUAAGAAGAAGGUUGAAGAAGAAGCUAAGAAACAGGCUGAAGAGAAAGCUAAGAAACAGGCUGACGAGGAAGUCAAAAAGAAAAAGGAACAAGAAGCCAAGCAGAAGUCUGAAGAAGAAAUUAAGAAGAAGGCUGAAACAGCUCAGAAGAGAGCAGAACAAACAGUUCAGAAAAUGGCUGAAGAAGAUGCGAAAAAGAAAUUCCAUGAUGGAGCUGACAGGGCAACUAAAGAGAAAAUCGACCAGGAACAAAAUAAGAAAACUAGAAAUGGGGAAAAAAACCAGACAGAGGAUGAAGCGAAGGCAACAGCAAAAGGCUCACGAAAGGACUAUCGCCAAGAAGAAUUAACACAGAAUACUAAGCGAGCUGAGACAAGUACUAACAAAACGGAGAAAGAGGCCACGGUUUCGGCUAGCAAGAGUACUAGAACCGAGGCCGAGGCAAUUGUUGAUCGCAAAGAACAAGCAGAAUAUGAGAUCAAACCGAGGGUUACCCCAAACAAUGGAGACGGUCCACUUAACAUACUCUUAACAUCUUUCCAAGAGUUACUUCUAGAAAUCAAAAGAAUAUUCGUCACCGAGCACAUUAGGAAUGAGUUCCACAGUGUUGUUAGCAACGUUAAAUCUAACAUGAUGGCUUCCAAGCAGUCGGAUCUCGGUGAUGACUUAUCUCUCAAGAAGCACCUUCAUUUUUCUAUUGAACAUCUGCUUAGUAUUCUUUCCAAGCACGAGCUUAAGUUGUAUUCCUCCGCAACCAUAAACAUCAUGGAAAGCAGUGUGCUUCAAACGCUGGAUUUAUUCGAAGAGCUGCUCCGGCAUGACAAUAUGGCUACUUCACAACAGUUCAAAAACAUUGCUUCAAUUCACAAAUCCAUAGUGGCUCUAUUGGCUGACAUACGACAAUGCAUUUAUCAAAAGAAAUCUGCUACUGCCGACACUGACACUGCUGCAUGCAAGACAGUGGUCGAGCUUCAACUUCUUCAGAAGGAUAUUGAGUACAUAAAGUUGAACACCGAUGUGCACAGGGAUGUGACAUCGCGGUCAAUUGAGUCCUAUUUUGGCCAAGUUUGCGAAACAUUAACUCUCCUACACUCUUCCAUUGUGGCAACAGUGGACAAACCAAACUAUUCUACCAGCGUUAAUCUGCUACUUCCUCUUGUUCCUCACGUACAUGAUGUGGUGCAAGAUUUACCGGCUCGCAGUGUCUCGGGCAGCGAAAUUGUAACUCCAGGUUUGAGGCACAGCUUGAGACAAUUGUACCGUGUGGUUUCAUCAGCGGCGCAACAGCACUCGGCCAGAGUGCGCAAUGAACGCGAAGUGGCAAUCGUGGAAGAGAUUAGGCGGCAUUUAUUAGCUCUAGACCGGGGUUUGAAAAGUUUCCUAGACUUGUGCAGCAAGACGGAAACGCAGAAGGAGCUCCUAGAAACGAUUAGGAAAAAUUUGAACACGCUUAAAGCGGACGCACGUAAUUUCAGGGCUCAAUGUCCCGUUAGCGCGCUACCUGAGAAAGAUGAUCUGUUGCUGGCCGCUUUUGAGCUGGUUAUCGAAAGACUGGCCCUCAAUCCUCUUCAGCUAGAUUCGAUAGACUACCUUCGGCUACUCGGCGACUCAUUGGCGCAGUUCUCUGGCCUCAUGCGAAGACUUAGCGCCGGUCCAGCGGUUUCCGAUUGGUUGCUACGUUAUCAGUUGCAGUUGUUGAAAAUCUUUGACACCAUCGAGUUUUGUCUCAGCGAGGAGCAGUUUAUCGUCAUUGGCAGCAAGGAAAAGUACUGCAAAACAAGCACCCAAGAGGCCAUCCAUGCUGCCAAGCAGUUGAUUACGCAUUACAAAAUUACGAGCGAGCAGAAUGCGUCCACGAGGAAAGAGUCGGACCAGUCCCGACACAUUCAGCGUCAAGGUUUGACUGAUACGGUGAACCAUACCUCAUCCUCAGAAGUGCGGUCCAGUUCCCAAGCGACUGCUCAAAGAGCCAUCCAUGAGGGUGGCCAACGUAGGCCACACUCACAGCAUCACCUCGCUGGGCGACAUGCCCGGACCAGGAGCCCGCUUAGCUUUACCGACGAGUACCCCGAUCGCACGCCGCGAAGCUCGUCGCGGUGCAGCCUAGGAGCACUGCCGUCUAAGCGAGGACCGUCGUUUGCGGUGUACCUGAAAAAUGUGUUCAUCGAACGAGACCACGGCUUCAAGCUGCUGUGCGUGGUGCUAGACGCGGAGAUCGACGUACGGUGGACGAAGGAUGCGAUCGAACUGCUCCCAUCGGCCCGGUACCGGAUUCAGCAGAAGAAUGGCCUAAUUACCCUGCAGGUUGAGCACGCCGACUACGAAGACUCGGGCGUCUAUGCGUGCCAUGUUUUCAACAACUAUGGCCAAUCGUUCAAUAAGUGCACGGUCGAGGUGUACGACACCAGCGAUGAUAUCAUCUGCCCGUCAUUCAGCAUACCGCGCAACAUGGACCACCGAUCGCCGAGCGCAAGUCGCCAGGUGACACAUUACACAGACAAAACAUACCUUCACCAGCUACGAUCGACCGGACGAUCGUCCGCCGCAAGCCUCGGUUACGAUCGUGUCAAAGCAAGAGACUCGUACGGUAGCCGCCCGGGAGCGGAAAGACACCCGGAUUACGGUUGGCGGCAGCAGUUUAGUAGUGAGGCACGGUCGCUGGGCCGUCGAUCCGCUGGUGGCCAGCAGCAUGUUCCGCCGUACCGGCCGGCCGGGCGUGAUGUGACGGCGGCGCUCGAGGCCAGUCGGCAACGGCGCGGCUACUACCAUGACCUGAUGAAGGCAAAAAGCGUCAUCGAGUACCGACAGAUGAUGCGCGACCGGGUGCAGCAGGAACUGCGACAGUCACCGAGCGUUCCGGAACCGCCGAGCCAGGGCUUGUCGACGACGGGACGAGACUGGGCGCGCAGGCGCCCCAGUCCGUCGGUGGGCGAGCACCGGGAAGAGUACGGCAGUGCUGCAGCGCAGUCCCGUAUCACGCAAGGUUCCAUGAUCGAGUGCACCUCGACGCGCGAAGACUCGAAAACGGUGCGUGACACGACGAGACACAGCGGGGUCACCCGGUUGGCAUCGCCACGGUCCGGUACCACGGAAGGAUCGCCGGCCACCGAGUUGCUCGCCGCUGCGACCGCCAACGAACCGGCCGGUGGCAAGCGUUCCCAAACCUUCCCGUACCACUACCGGAUGGACACGUUCUCGACACCGCAGCGCUACGACAGUCUGGGGUCGCUGCAGAUGUACCAGCCGAUCGUGCAGACGGUGCUGCGCGAUCGGAUGGUGAAGCGGGGCUCCAACCUGCUGCUGGUGUGCUCGUUCUGGGGCGUCAACUGUGCGGUCGAGUGGGUGCACAACUUCGUGAAGAUCGGCAACAGUGCCAAGUACCGGGUGUCGCGCCACCAGGGCAUGAGCCUGCUGGAGAUCUACGACAUCACGCACCACGAGGCCGGCAUGUACAAGUGCGUGGUGCGGAACGACUGCGGCGAGGACGUCACCAACUGCUGCAUCCUCGUGCUCGACCACAUCCGGCUGUCGUCGACGAAGCACACGCGCACGGAACGCCGUUCGCUGGCGAGGCGCUUCUAGGCGCGCAGUGUGUUGUUCAUUGUCGCAUCAUCUUCAUCUAGUCGCCGGAAGCUCAUCCUCGAUCCCUGGCCGUGCAGCGUUACGGGUCUCCAUUUAGUUUGUACGCGGGUUGUUUCGAUGUGUUGCGAUGUUAUUCGAUGUUACGCGCGAAUCGCGAACCCUGUUGCUUGUUUUACUUCCCGUUUAGUUAGUCUAUGUGUUUGCGUGUGUCCAUGUGUGUGUUGUGUGUGCGUGUUAUACAUGACUACGAACUGCGGUCGGCGGCGGCGGACCUGAGUCAUGGGGCUGGGCCACUGUGUGUCCUGUGUGGCCGUUCGCUAAUUCGGGGGCUGGUGCGAAAUCUGUUCUAGAAACCUACUCGCUCCACUCG